AUGUCGAACAACCCCACCCCCGCUCAGGCAAGCUCGCCCAAGGAGCCACUGGUCCUUUACUCCGAAACCUCGAGCGAGGCGAACGCGGUGCCAGAGCAGCAGGCAGACGGACAAGAGAUGAACAUUGACGAGGAAAAUGCCCAAGAUGACAACGAAGAUCUGGCUGCCCUGGCCGACGAUGGAGAACAGGACCUCGAUGACGAGAUCUUCGAACUCGGUGGCGGCAACGACUAUGUCGGCGAUGAAGACAACGACUCGCAGGAUGAAGAUGCUGUUCAAGCGAGCACUGCCUCUCUGCCAGCUCCCACAACUUGGACGACCGAACAGCAGGUACCUGCUCGUCUUCACAACCAGGAAGUGUUCACUCAACACCCUACCGACCCUGCCAUCGUUGUGUCAACCUACACGAUCCCAGACCCCUACAACGGCGGCGUCUACACACAAACCGACCACCUCCCGCAGAUCGACACCACGGCCCAGCCCUCAGGUGACUUUCACUUCAUCCCCUCGCUCGAGAUCGCCACGAUCCCACGGAAAGACUCCAAGGGACGUGUGUGGCAGUACGUCGCCGCGCGAGGUCAGUGGGAGCAUCCAACCGGCAAGGUAUGGAAGCCGAUCAUCUUGUUCCGUCGUUUCGACACGGCGACGCACCGUUACAUCGACGCCUACGUCGGCCUUUCGAAGCUGCAGAACGUUGAUCCCAACAACAGCGCCUACUCGACAGCAUACAACAAGUGGGUAAAGCAGAUCCAGCGGCGCCGCGAUAGCACGUAUAUGCCUACGGUGUUCAAGGACCACUGGACGACGUUGGAGCGUUGGGUCAUGUAUGACAGCAUCAACUACCUCUGUCACACACACGGCGCCGAGACGUUCGGGUUCCAGGUUGACGGCGGGGUGUGGGGUGACCUGGAGAUGGAGUACAUCGCAGCCCGCAUCAACGCUGCGGCAGGAGGCAGCCGGAAUCGGGAUUCGGUGCGCAGCCAGAUCGUCUCGGCGCAUCCAAAGAAGAACAAGGUGGUGCUUGAUUUGAUGCAGCGCGCGAAACAGUUGCGCCAGUACAUCGAGCAUGGCCGCGUGCUGACUGUCGCUGAGCAGUUCCCGGAGAAUGCUAUUGCUCUCGCGGACUUCCCUGUGCUGGACAAUCCUCCUGUGGCGGCGACUCGGAUCCCAUUGACUCCAGCAGCUGGUGACAUCGCGCCGGCAGCGCCCCCGAGGCCUGUUGCGUCUGGCUCGGCAGCGGAGUCUCAGACAGCAGAGUCUCAGACAGCGGCGUCGACAUCAGCACCACAGUCGACUGCAGUUUCCAAGGGCAAGGGCAAGGGUAGGCGUGAGCGGGCUGAGGACACUGACGAGGAGGGAGCAGAUGCGGAGGCCGAGGCAAACGCAGAAGCGGAAGAAGAUGACAUCUUCGGCUUCUCUUCAGCACCUGCGUCUCCGAUGGCGGGGCCCUCCAACUCAGCGCCAUCGCUGAAGAAGAAGCAGACGGUUGAUGAGAAUGAUAAGUGA